AUGUCUCGCCAAACCGAAUCUAUAUCCGCAGCAGCCAUCUUCCCCCCGGACGAGCUCAAAAUGUACUUGCAGUGGCAAGAAGAACAGGGUUUCGAAGCAACCGAGGGCGGAAACAUCUCUUUCGCUAUUCAGUACCACGAUUUUAUAACGUGGUACAACACUCAGUUGGCAGGUCCCACUGAGCACCCACCCGUAACCGAGACUGUUCCUGAGAAUUUCGACUACGAGACAGCAUCACUGUGCAAACACGCUCUUCACCCAGCAAACGAUGACUGGGACAACGAAUGGUGCCCCGUAUGCGGGGUAAGCAUUUGCUUGGAGUUCCUCAAAGCUAUAGCUCAAGCUUGGGAUCGCUUGGAUGAGCGUUACUAUUCCCUGAUGACGACGAACGAGGAGAUGAAGCAAGACUGGGACUGGAAGAUGGAUGUACGGAGCGGUUGGCACAUGGCGCGAGUUGAGCUCAUUGAAGUCGUCGAGCACUAUGAGGAAAUGGCUGUGCGCGAAGCUGAGUGGAACGCAACCCAUGAAGAUGCUAGCCUCGACAAAAUAUACUCAGCGAGCAAGGCUAUCGAGCUGGCGAAAGAAGACUCACAGUAUAGGGCAAGGAUGAUGUCCCGCGAAGAAUUCGACAAACUCUACAUAUGCAAGGAAAGCCGCGAGCUUAAUGACAAAAAGCCCAAGAAGAAGGUAAGCUUUGCGCCCGACACGGAGCUUGAUCGCGUUUCUCGCAACCUCGUGUACUGCUGGCGCACAAGUGGUGAGUACAAGCCAGGAAGAUACGCCUGUCCUUCACCCGAAGGGUGGGAGAACACGAGCUUCUACCACAAUGGCUGGCUCAUCAAGCUCUCACAGUACAAAGUUCAUAUCGUUCUAGCGGACAGGGACUUGAAGAGUGCCAUAUCAUCGCUCAAAGAAGGUUUUCCUCAACUGGAGGCCAACCAGAAGACUGAAGGACCUGCUGGGCUACAUCCCCUUUGGGAAAAAAUCCAGGCCGUCUUCUUGAGGACUCUGGGGUCCCCAACCAGAAGGAGUUUGGGGAGGCGGUCAAUAAGAUGGCCGAGCGGAUGGAAGAUGCUGACGCCAUAAGUAUCCUGCUUGAUGAGGAGGGUACACCAAUAUCAGCGGCCUUCGCAUGCACCGCAGACUAUUCGAAGGAUAAAAACCCGUGGCGCACACCUAUUUGCGGGUCCUGGACUUCUUUGAAGAUGCUUGAAUAUGACUUGUAGGAAUAAAAGAG